AUGGAGAGCUCUCGUGCUCUCUCUAGGGAGGAACAAGAAGAACUUUUGCGCAGCAAGAAAAAAGUUAAAGACGUAAGGCAUGCGGGUUUCCAAGAAGGGCUAGACUCAGCUGCUACAUCUCCAAGGAACGAUGGAGGUUUUUGGAGCAAACCAGCGUCUUUUAAAGAUAAACUGGUCGGUGAAAUCCCUGGAGCUUUCACUCAAGCUUUCAACUUUGGAAACCUCAUGGAAGACGACAUUGAUUCUGAUGAGGAGGUCGAAGGUCUAAGGGAAGGAUUGGUGGCUGUGAAAUUCUCAAAGGAGCUAAAGCAGAAGAUUCGCAGCCCCUGGUACAAAGCCCUCAUUGUCAAGGUUUAUGGACGAUCUGUGGGGUUAAAUUUUCUUCAGAAUAGAUUGUUAACGCUGUGGAGGCCGGCUGGAAGAUUGGACUGUGUGGACUUAACUCAUGGGUUUUUUCUCACAAGAUUUUCUUUGAGAGAAGACUAUGAAGCUACAUUGAAAAGGGGACCUUGGUUUAUUGGAGAGCACUUUUUAUCCAUUAGACCUUGGGAACCAGAUUUCUUAUCGGCAACGGCAAACGUCUCUUCAGUGGCAGUAUGGAUAAGACUUAACGAUCUUCCGAUAGAGUACUAUCAUGCGGAGGCCUUGCUUCAGAUAGGUAAAGCGAUUGGUAAUGUGUUGAGAGUGGACACACACACAGCCUCUGAAUCUAGAGGGAGAUUUGCUAGACUCUGCGUUCAGGUUGAUGUCGAGAAGCCGCUUGUCACGGCCAUAUUGAUAGGGAAACGUGAGCAGCCGGUGUGCUACGAGGGAAUUCACAAAUUAUGCUUCGGUUGUGGGAGAAUAGGACACCGGAAGGAGCAGUGUCCGUUUGUAAUUCGUCAACCAUCAUCGUCGAGCAAGAAGGCUAACCAACCUGAUGGGGUGACAGAGGCGUAG